GAAAAUGUCGAAACGGCAGUAUUCUGCCGAGACAAUGGAGAAGGCGGCGGGAGAUGUAAAAUGCAAAAAACUAAAUCCAUAUCAGGCAGCAAGGGAGUAUAAUGUCCCGAGGUCUACAAUAUGCGACAAAGUUAAAGAAAAAUACAAAAAAUCAAGCAAAGGACCAUCUAAAAUGUUGUCUGAGGAGGAAGAAAGUAGUCUUGUGGAAUAUAUAAAUCAUAUGAGCACCAGAGGAUUUCCGAUCACUCGGAAAAUGCUGAAGUCCCAUGUCGUCGCUAUUGUAAAGGAAAGUGGGCGUGACACACUUCUUAACCUAGAUAAAGGCCCAUCGGACAAGUGGUGUAGGAAUUUCUUUCGCAGAUACCCCCUGCUUGCUGAGAGGACUCCAGAGGCACAGGAUAAGGCCCGCUUCCGCAUGUCCAAUUGGACUGUCAUGAAACAAUACUUCACCCUCCUAGAGGAUACGGUGAAGAAUUUAGAACUGAAAGACAAACCGUCGCAGAUUUUUAACUGCGACGAGACAGGAUUUAGUGGAAAGGAAAAGAGCAAGCAAAAAGUCAUUGUGAACAAGGGAACCUACGCAUAUCAGCAGAGGAAUCUGACCAAUUCCCAUAUAACGUUCUUGAUAUGUGUAGCAGGAGAUGGUAGGGUCCUUCCUACAUAUCUCAUCUUUGAAGGAUCGUUACCUCAUAGAAACUUCAGGGAGGGUGUACCCGCAAACUGGUUAUAUGGGUCGUCUGACAGUGGAUACAUGGACAGCGAGUUGUUCGAAUUGUGGUUUGAGAAAAUUUUCAUUCCAUUUUGCGGUAGCAGGAGGCCAGUUCUAUUAACCUUCGAUAACCACGAUUCGCACAUCUCGCUGUCUUUGUUGAAGCUGUCGAUUUCUCAUGAUAUUCAUAUCAUCGGUCUUCCUCCCCAUACCACACAUAUUCUUCAGCCAUUAGACGUGGACAUAUGUGGUCCUUUGAAGGAGAAGUUGGCGUCUCUGGCUACUGUGUUAGGCUACCUUAGCAGUAAUGUCCAGAUAGGGAAAGCUAAGUUCCCCGCCCUUUUAAGCACAGCCAUUGAUAGUGUAUGCUCUCCGGCACGGGUAAAGGCUGCUUUCCGAAAGCCUGGAAUGUAUCCAGUUGACAUAGGUGCUGUUGAUAAAACACAAAUACAAUCACAGACAGACGCCUCAGAGAAAAAUAAAGAAACUACUAGCUCUAAUUCAGAUUCACGCAGCAUACAGAUUGUGUGUGACAAGUGUGGGGAAUCAAUGGACGUGGACGUAUGCUCCAUUGCUUCAUCGACAAAUCCAUUUGUACGAAGUGGAUUGAUUCCUGAAAAACUUGGGGCAAUUUUGGUCCCUCCUAUGAAAAGUCAGCAACUAAAAAGAGCAAACUAA